AUGGUUUUGCCCGAGUUGCAGCAGCGGAUGCCGCUAGAUGGAGUGGCGACGCUCUUAGGAAGGCGCAUUGGGGCGUUGCUUGUGCCUGUGCUUGUAUGCAUACUUCUGGUUUCAUGGAGUGCGCUGAAUCUGUCGCCGUUUCUUUUCCGAGAGCAAAUGCCAGCCUUCUUUGUUGUCAUGGAUGAGGACACGCAUGACACCAUCAAGGGCAAGCUUGGCUCUUCCUUGUUGAAUGCCUUGAUUGUUGUUGCCAUUCUCACUGUUAUGACGUUUCUCAUAGUGUUGCUCUACACCUAUCACUGUGAGAAGGUUCUAUUUGCGUUGUUGUUGCUUUCAGCCGCUUCUGCGCUUUCCUCGAUGUUGUGGAUUUGGCUGGAUCUUUUUUGUACACGGUUUCAGAUACCCUACGAUUUUGUUACAUGCACGUUUCUGCUUUGGAACGUUGGGGUUGUGGGGCUCAUAUCUAUUUUUUACUACGCACACCCCGUCCUCACGCAGGCGUACCUGGUGGUAUUGUCAGUUCUCACGGGCUGGACAAUGACGUUUCUCCCUGAAUGGACCACGUGGGCGAUACUCGUGUUUGUCGCAUUAUACGACGUGGUUGCCGUGCUAAGCCCACGCGGGCCGCUUAAAAUGCUGAUUCAAAUUGCAGAUAAACGCAAACAGCCUAUCCCUGGUUUUGUGUACAGCACUCACACUGCGAAUGAGCUGGAGCACGCACCCAGGCCCUCAGGGGACCUCACAGGCGAGGAGGCGCGAAGAAGUGACGAUUCGAGCAGAACCGACAGCGAGAACAGCGUCACUGCAGAAAGAAACUCUAAAUUGGCAUCGGCGUCUCUCUUGUAUUCCGCAUUGAACCGCAGUCCGUUUAAGUUGGGCCUGGGUGACUUUAUAUUUUAUAGCGUACUGAGUGCGAGGGCAGCUCUAUACGCAUUUAUGCCAUGUAUGGCGUCCACCCUAGCUGUUUGUUUAGGUCUCGUAGUCACCUUAGCCUCAUUGAUUUUGUGCACAGGUCGACUUCCUGCUCUCCCUGCGCUGCCUGUAUCUAUCUGCUUAGGCGUCUUGUUGUUUUUCUCUUAUCGCUGUGUCGCUACUUCACUGGACUACUUUGCAGCGCUUUCAGUGCUUGCAAUUUGA